AUGAACGGACAUCGACAAAUGAGUGCAACAUCAAGUCGAAUUUUGACUGACGUUCCGUGCAAAGUCUGUCACGAUAAUUCAUCUGGGAAACAUUAUGGAAUAUUUGCGUGCGAUGGAUGCGCCGGAUUUUUCAAACGAUCCAUCCGAAGAAAUCGUCAAUAUGUCUGUAAAAAUCAUGGUCAAGGCGAUUGUCCUGUAGAUAAAACUCAUCGAAACCAAUGCCGCAGCUGUCGGUUAAGACGUUGCCUGGAAGCCGGCAUGAACAAAGAAGCUGUACAACAUGAACGCGGACCACGAAAUUCGACAAUAAGAAAACAAAUGGCACUUUUACUCAAAGAAUCUAAUGACAUCAUAAAUGCGUAUCAUCUCCAACGAUGUCAAUCAAUAUCUCUUUAUCCAGCAUCGCUUCCUAAAUUUCCAACGAUUGAUCAUCAUGAAUCAGCAGCAAAGGUUCUAUUCAAUGCGGUCAAUUGGACUAAAACAGUACCAGCAUUUACAUCUCUAGCCAAUCGUGAUCAAACUAGUCUAUUGGAAGAAAGCUGGCGUGAUCUAUUCAUUCUUACUGCCAUCGAACAACAAUUUACUCUGAAUAUCAAUGACCUUAUGUAUUCGAAUGAGAAAUGCGAAAUUUAUAAAUCUGAUAUUGCGAAUUUUCAAGAAAUUCUCGCCAAAUCCAAACAGUUGAAACUCGAUGGAAAUGAACUGAUUUGUUUGAAAAAUUUAGUUCUUUUCAAAACACAUUUAAACAAUUGUCAAACAAUGAUCAAUUCGAACUUAACCGAUCUUCAUACAAUUCAUUAUUUACAAAAUCAAGCACAAAUUCUCUUGAAUGCUUAUAUAAAUAAACAAUAUCCGUUAGAAGAUAAUCGAUUUUUGAAAUUGAUUACAUUGACUUCUUCAUUUCGUUUUAUUUCAUCGUCGAUGAUCGAAGAGAUUUUCUUUCGAAAGACAAUCGGAGAUCAAACUCAUAUGGAACAACUUGUCAAAGAUAUGUACAGAAUGGUUGUUUACCCCUGA